CUUCUUACAUUGAACAUGUUUACCGCGAACCGGAUCGAUCUAUGUAUCUGAAAUUACAAUGAUACACUGACGUUGAGCUCUUCCCUCCCAUUCCAUGAAUAAUGACAUCCUAGCCUCCUCCCCAGUUGAGAGAGGCUUACGCGCCCGACAUGAGAAGACCGACCACAUAGAGUCCUUCCUGCGCACCCUCGAUGGCCUCAUCUUCCUGCAAGUGGGCAUAUUAUACCUCUGCGACAACCUCACCUUCCUUUUGAUGCUGCGCGCUGUAUCGCAGGUUGUCCAUGUACAAUAUCGGCCCCCUGGCACUACUCAAUUGACGCCCGUCAUCUUUGUCAACGUCGUGUGCUUCAUCACACAUCUUCUGAAUGCGAAUACGAGUACGAAACCAUUACACGGAGGGCUGAUCGUGGACUUUGUGGGGGAGUUGGCCUCUUCUCGAUGGAGGCUGUUGUCCUUUGACUUGGUCAUCUCGGGUUUGCAGAUGCUCAUGCUGGUUCUUGGUUAUGAGAAGCAGAUACUCUCGGGAGAGGUACAACCGCAGGCCGAGGCCCCGCAGCAGGAUAUCGAAGCAGAGGAAGAAGGCCGACUGAGGCCGCAACGUGCAACGGGUGAGACAACCGAUGGUAUUGAGUUGCAAAGUCUCUCGCCUGAGAGCGACGAAAACCGGCGCCCGAGGAAGCGAAAGCAGAGGGAACCUCCCGAGGAAGAUGAUGAUGUGGUGGUGCUGGACAUGAAGACAAGUUUGGGCGUGCUAUUGAGACGACCACUGCCGACCACUUCUCCAGCAUCCCCGACCAUGGCAAAUGUCCUGGCGAGGAUUGCCGCUGCACGCGCGCGUCCUACGUGAAGAUGCAAUGUAGUCUGGACAAGAUCUACCAGACCACGACUAUCGUGUCUUGUCUAGCAAGUCCUGGUAGAGCUUGCAGGUGAUCCUACAUUUGGACCUUCUUGUACAUCAGGCUUUCGCUCAUGUCAUUUCUGCCAUUUCAUCUACAUCCUCCACGGACUGCUGAGUAGUGCACAGCCAUCCAUGACUGUAAAAGAACUUGUCUGUCCGCCGCGUGUUCGUAUGAAACACCUCACAUAUGCGCGUUGAAUCCGGCGAGGCCGGCCAAUGUCUUUCGCGAUCGGAGAUACUCUGGUCUGCCGUAACAAGGUACUGCCGAGCAUAGGGUCAGAGCGCAUGCCAACAUUGAAAU